AUGGAGAUGAUGGAAAUGAUUGGUGUGAUGGGGAUGAUGGAGAUGAUGGGGAUGAGGGGGUUGAUGUGGAUGAUGGAGACGAUGGGGAUGAUGUGGAUGAUAUGGAUGAUGGAGAUGAUGAAGAUGAUGGGGGUGAUGAGGAUUGAGAGGGUGAUGGAGAUAAUGGAGAUCAUGGGGAUGAUGGAUAUGAUGGGGAUGAUGGGGGUGAUUGGGGAUAAAGGGGAUGAUGGGGGUGAGGGGGAUGAUGGGGGUGAUGGAGAUGAUGGAGAUAAUGGGGAUGAAGGGGGAAAUGGGGAUGAUGGCGAUGAUGGGUGUGAUGGGGAUGAUGGAGAUGAUGGGGAUGAUGUGGAUGAUGGGGAUGAUGGAGAUGAUGGAGAUGAUGGGGGUGAUGGGGAUGAAGAGGGUAAUGGAGAUGAUGGAGAUGAUGGGGAUGAUGGAGUGAUGGGGAUGAUGGGGGUGAUGUGGAUGAUGGAGAUGAUGGAGAUGAUGGGGAUGAUUGGGGUGAUGGGGGAUGGGGGUGAAGGGGAUGAUAGGGAUAAUGGGGGUGAUGGCGGUGAUGGGGAUGUUGGGGGUGAUGGGGAUAAAGGGGAUGAUGGGGAUGAUGGAUAUGAUGGGGGUGAUGGGGAUGAUAGGGAUGAUGGGGUUGAUGGGGAUAAAGAGGGUAAUGGGGGUGAUGUGGAUGAUGGGGAUGAUGGAGAUGAUGGAGAUGAUGGGGGUGAUGGGGAUGAAGGGGCUCAUGGAGAUGAUGGGGAUUAUGGAGAUGAUGGAGAUGAUGGGGAUGAAGGGGGUAAUGGGGGUGAUGGAGAUGAUGGGGAUGACGGGGGUGAUGGGGAUGAUGGGGAUGAUGGAGGAGAUGUGGAUGAUUGGGGUGAUGGGGAUGAUGGGGUUGAUGAUGAGGGGAAUGAUGUGUCUGAUGAGGAUGAUGGGUAUGAUGGAAAUGAUUGGUGUGAUGGGGAUGAUGGAGAUGAUGGAGUUGAUGGAGAUGAUGGGGAUGAUGGGGAUGAUGGGGAUGACGGGGGUGAUGGGGAUGAUGGAGCUGAUGAAGAUGAUAGGGAUAAUGGGGAUGAUGGCGGUGAUGGGGAUGUUGGGGGUGAUGGGGAUAAAGGGGAUGAUGGAUAUGAUGGGGGUGAUGGGGAUGAUAGGGAUAAAGAGGGUUAUGGGGGUGAUGUGGAUGAUGGGGUUGAUGGGGAUAAAGAGGGUUAUGUGGGUGAUGUGGAUGAUGUGGAUGAUGGGGAUGAUGGAGAUGAUGGAGAUGAUGGGGGUGAUGGGGAUGAAGGGGCUCAUGGAGAUGAUGGAGAUGAUGGAGAUGAAAGGGAUGAUGGGAAUGAUGGGGAUAAAGAGGGUUAUGGGGGCGAUGUGGAUGAUGGGGAUGAUGGGGAUAAAGAAGGUUAUGUGGGUGAUGUGGAUGAUGGGGAUGAUGGAGAUGAUGUAGAUGAUGGGGGUGAUGGGGAUGUGAUGGAGAUGAUGGAAAUGAUUGGUGUGAUGGGGAUGAUGGAGAUGAUGGAGAUGAUGGGCACGAUGGGGGUGAUGUGGAUGAUAGAGACGAUGUGGAUGAUGUGGAUGAUGUGGAUGAUGGAGAUGAUGAAGAUGAUGGGGGUGAUGGCGAUGAUGGAGAUGAUGGGGGUGAUGAGGAUUGAGAGGGUGAUGGAGAUAAUGGAGAUCAUGGGGAUGAUGGAUAUGAUGGGGAUGAUGGGGGUGAUGGGGAUGAAGGGGGUGAUGGAGAUGAUGGAGGAUGUUGGGGGUGAUUGGGAUAAAGCGUGUGAUGGGGAUGAUGUGGAUGAUGUGGAUGAUGGAGACGAUGGGGAUGAUGUGGAUGAUGUGGAUGAUGGAGAUGAUGAAGAUGAUGGGGGUGAUGGCGAUGAUGGAGAUGAUGGGGGGGAUGAUGGGGGUGAUAAGGAUGUUGGGGGUGAUUGGGAUAAAGCGUUUGAUGGGGAUGAUGUGGAUGAUGUGGAUGAUGGAGAUGAUAAAGAUGAUGGGGAUGAUGGGUGUGAUGGAGAUGAUGGGGAUGAGGGGGGUGAUGUGGAUGAUGGAGACGAUGGGGAUGAUGUGGAUGAUGUGGAUGAUGUGGAUGAUGGAGAUGAUGAAGAUGAUGGGGGUGAUGGCGAUGAUGGAGAUGAUGGGGGUGAUGAGGAUUGA